CCUGCCACCCAAAACAUACUCCGGUCCCACUUCGUAUGCAUACGAAGUCCCCAAAAGGUAAUUCACGGUCGUUUAUAUAAGACAUUGGCAGGCCGAAGGCGCAAUCGUGGGGUAACCAUCACCAAAACGCGGGGGCGGGGUAGCAAUCUAAACCGCAAAGAGACUGACGUCCGAUAGCGGACCGUGCUCCUCAGAAUAGAUAAAUACGAAGCGUAGAUCUGUUUCUCCCAGCAGCUACGCUUUACCCAUUUGCGCCAGUGUAAUCAACAUGCCCAUCUCAUUGAGCCCAACCAGACCAAAAGUCCUCAUUCCUGAGAAGGUAUCUCCGGAUGGACUUGCACUUCUCAAGGAGGACUUCGAUGUCGACGAGAAGAAGGGACUCAGCCCAGAGGAGCUCAAAACCAUCAUUGGCGAGUACGAGGCUUUGAUCAUUCGCUCCGAGACCAAGGUCACGGCAGACCUCAUCAAGGCUGCUAAGAAGCUCAAGGUUGUGGCAAGAGCUGGUGUUGGCGUCGACAAUGUCGAUGUCGAAGCAGCUACACAGCAUGGAGUGAUUGUGGUGAAUUCGCCUUCUGGCAAUAUCAAUGCCGCAGCGGAGCACACCAUUGCGCUCAUGAUGGCUGUGGCCCGGAAUAUUGGAGACGCGGAUGCCAGCAUCAAGGCUGGCAAGUGGGACCGUAGCCGUCUCACCGGCAUUGAAGCAAAAGGCAGGACGCUGGGCAUUGUUGGUCUCGGAAAAGUCGGCCUUACUGUUGCUCGAAUUGCGAACGGCUUCGGGAUGCGGCUGAUUGCGUAUGACCCGUAUGCGAACGCGAACCUGGCUGCUGCUGCAUCUGUUACUCUUAAGCCCACUCUUGCGGAUGUGCUCAAGGAGGCGGAUUUCCUGACAUUGCACACUCCACUCAUUGCAUCAACCAGGGGCAUGAUUGGAGCUGCGGAACUUGCUACAAUGAAACCAACUGCUCGGAUAUUGAACGUCGCGAGAGGGGGCAUGAUCGAUGAGGACGCUCUGGUGGCAGCUCUCGAUGCCGGAAAGAUAGCUGGUGCUGGUAUUGAUGUGUUCACGUCUGAGCCUCCGAAGCCAGAUAGCUCAGCAAGCCGAUUGAUCGCUCAUCCUAAAGUGGUUGCCACUCCUCAUCUGGGGGCAUCAACAAGAGAGGCUCAAGAAAACGUCUCGAUCGACGUGUGCGAGCAAGUCGUUACGAUCCUCAACGGAGGCCUGCCACGAUCAGCCGUCAAUGCCCCCAUCAUUUUGCAGGAGGAGUACCGAACCCUACAGCCAUUCGUGAUCCUCGUCGAAAAGAUGGGGUCUCUCUACACACAGCACUUCCUAACCCACCGCUCCGCCUCCGGUACGGCGACAAAGUCCUUCCGCACCACCUUCGACAUCAUCUACGAAGGCGAGCUCGCCGGCCUCAACACCACCAAACCCCUCUUUGCCGCCCUCGUCAAGGGCCUCCUCACGCCCAUCACAUCCUCGGACGGCCUGAACAUCAACAUCGUCAACGCCGAGCUCCUCGCAAAGGAACGCGGCAUCCUCAUCAACGAGCAGCGCUCGCGCGAAAACGUCGAAGACAAACCCUACUCUUCGUUCGUGACGCUGCGGGCCCGCGCAUCGCGCUCCACCUCGGCCGUCCGCUCCGACCUCUCGCGCUCCAACUCGCCGUCCGCGAAGCGCGCGCUGCAGUCGCAGAAGCAGUCGGCCGAAGACCAGGACCAGGUGAUACAGGGUUUCGUGUCGGGCAACAAGCCGUACAUUUCGCGCCUGGACCGCUUCAAGGGCGAGUUCGUGGCCAAGGGCACGUUGCUGAUCUGCCGCAAUUUCGACUCGUGCGGGAAGAUUGGGUUCGUGGGGAGCCAGUUGGGGAAGGCUGGGGUGAAUAUUCGGUUCAUGAAUGUAGCGCCGUUGCAUGAGGAGGAGAAUGGGCAUGGGAGUGGGAGUGGGACGGAGGCUGCUGGUGCUGGAGGGGAGGAGGGGAAUGAGGCGUUGAUGAUUCUUGGGGUGGAUGGGGCGGUUGGGGAUGAGGUUGUGCAGAGUUUGAUUGGGAGUGAGGGCGUGUUGGAGGCGAGCGUGAUUAACUUUUGAUGAGAACUUUUGCUUUUGGUAUCUUAGUUUGCGGUCUGCUGCAGGAGAGGUGGAGGGGAGGAGAGGAUUGGAGGACUGGACUUCAACGUCUGGCUUAGAGAGGAAUACACCGUCUUCUCUCAUGCACUGUGCCAUGGACUAUUGAACUCGACAGAAGCAUUCCUUUGAACUGUUUUUUAAUUAUUUGUCUGAUCGAUUACUCCGAAGCUGGUGUUGUAUCCGCGCCUGUCACAUCCCCAGUCUUCACUUGCAGUCCUUCCCUUCCAAUCCCAU